GAACUUUCAAACUUACAAUAGAAUUCACAGAAGAAUAUCCGAAUAAGCCGCCUACUGUUAGAUUUGUCUCUAAAAUGUUUCAUCCAAAUGUCUACGCAGAUGGUAGUAUAUGUCUGGAUAUUCUUCAGAAUCGUUGGAGUCCUACUUACGAUGUCUCCUCCAUCUUAACAUCCAUACAGUCUCUAUUGGAUGAGCCCAAUCCCAACAGCCCAGCAAACAGCCAGGCAGCUCAGCUAUACCAAGAGAAUAAGCGGGAAUAUGAAAAACGGGUUUCUGCCAUAGUAGAACAGAGCUGGCGUGACUGUUGACCCAGGAUGAUGCAAAUGAACACUCUGUUGAUGAGGAAAAUAAACAAAGCGUCCGAGUCAUCUUUUUCCUCCUAGCAUUUACUUUGAAAGCAGAAUAGCUGUUGUGCUGUUGCCACCCUCCCUCGCUGAAGCUUCUUCUCCUUGGACAUCAGAAAGCACCCACUUUGAAGUCACGUGUUCUGUACUUGGGUUACUUGCAAAAGAGUUACUGAUGCCGAAUUCAUUUUCUGUGGUCCCUCUCCAGUCUUAGGGCAGUAUUGUGCAUUUCUGUAGUGUACACUAAGCUUUUAAUUGUAAUUGUGUUAUACACAGUGAUGCUUAUGUGUAGCUUGAUAAAAGGGAUGUUUAUAUACAUACACAUUUUUUAACUGGUAUUAACUAAAGUGCUGAUCUGUCCAGGCUGGUCACUUACCUCUACUCUUGGUUUAGACCCCACUGCAUUUGUAAGUGCUGCGUGAAGAAAUAACCUUGUUUCCCUUCUGAAUUGGUUUCCGAGCUCUUUACUCACAGAGGAAAACCAACUCUAGAACUGAUUCCCAUUCAGAUCUGUGGUAAGACUGUGGAAUGCUCGUUACUCCUUCACUUCCCGUGCGGGGUUUAUGUACGGAUGUACAUAAAGCACUGCAGCUGUGGUACUU